AUGCUACCUCCCAUUCCCGAGCUCUCCGACUAUGGAAUAUCUGCAACCCACGGAUUCCUGCCGGACGUUCUCCCCUUGACGCGAUUGCCGGAUCCCUACUAUAACAAGUGGGAGGCCAUUGUCGCCAAUCUACAGGCACUCGUUCUCAGCCGCCGCCUUCGUCCGGUUGUCGACCGCUUGCCUGUUCUCUCCACCAUCGGUCUGGAACACGACGCAGAAUGGCGGAGAGCCUACUCUUUGUUGUCUUUCAUGGCUCAUGCUUACAUCUGGGGCGGCGAUGAGCCUUGCGAUCAGCUACCGCCCUCUAUCACCGUUCCCUUCCUAAAGGUCUCGGAUCAUCUCGAGCUGCCCCCGGUCGCUACAUACGCCGCAUUGUGUCUUUGGAACUUCAAGCCUCUUUUUGUCGACGAGGACAUUGACAACCUCGAGAACCUCGCUACUCUCAACACCUUUACUGGUUCUCUUGACGAGUCAUGGUUCUACCUCGUCUCUGUCGCUAUUGAGGCCCGUGGCGGUCCCAUCAUCCCCCUCAUGCUGGGCGCUGUUGCUGCUGCUCGCCAAGGAGAUGUCUCAACCGUCACCCGGAGCUUGCGCACCUUUGCCGAGCGUCUGACUGAUCUGACCAUCAUCUUGCAGCGCAUGCACGAGAGUUGUGAUCCCAACAUCUUCUACAAUCGCAUCCGCACCUUUCUUGCUGGGAGCAAGAACAUGGCUGAGGCCGGUCUCCCUGACGGGGUCAACUAUGACAAUGGUUCCGGAAAGGAGGACUACCGCCAGUACAGCGGCGGUAGCAAUGCUCAGAGCAGUCUGAUACAAUUUUUCGAUGUCAUCCUUGGCAUUGAUCACCGUCCGACAGGCGAGAAGCGGGAUCCCUCAACCGAGUCGGAGCGCGAAUCUCGGGCUCCGGUUCCGAAGCACAACUUCAUCAUGGAGAUGCGCCGGUACAUGCCUGGACCCCAUGCUCGCUUCCUCAAGGAUAUCUCUGGCGUUGCCAACAUCCGCGAGUUUGUCGAGACUCAUAAGCACGAACGCGAUUUGUGCCUUGCCUAUGAUGCCUGUCUCGCAAUGCUCAGUGCAUUCCGCGAUAAGCACAUAGCCAUCGUCACCCGCUAUAUCAUCCUCCCUUCGCGCGAAGUGCGUGCCCGCAGCAGGUCGAGAAGUCCUGAGGCUGCGCGCUUGCGUCUCAAUUUGGCUACGGCUUCGCGCCAACGCCAGUCCAACGCCCAGGGUAACAACUUGCCGGCUGCCGACGGCAAGAAGAACUUGAAGGGUACAGGUGGUACUGCUCUCAUCCCGUUCUUGAAACAGGCGCGCGAUGAGACCGGUGAGCCGGCGAUCGAAGAGUGGACCCGCCGCUUCAUGCGCAGAACUGUCAAGUCUGAGGGCAGUGGCGAUUUCUUCUUGGGUAAACCGGACCAGCCUAGCCACGGCGUUGAAGUUGGAGUCGGAGGCUUGGCGGGAUCCUGGACCAUCGACGACGACUUCGGUGGCAUCUGCCAUUACUGA